AUGGUGGAAGGACGGCAUGGUUGCUGGCUGCCAGGAUUUCCCUACUCGCACUACUUCCUGUGCUGUGCCAAACCAGAACACUGGCGCACUUCCUUGAAAUCACCUGAUUGCUGGGAGAACGGUUGGGCUCGUGGGUCCCGGGAGGCAUGUUGUCCAGAAGACCCAUCUGCAAGGCUGGAUGCCAAAGCUACGCAGCUAGCUUAUGGAAUUGCAAGUGCCCCGGCCCCUUGCGCAUCAGCAGAUGCGACGAUCAAAGCGUAUUUGGCAGAAGCUGUAGAUCGACUUCUGUAUCAAGGAAUGCCUUCUGCUUCCGCAGAGUGGGAAGUCAUCGAGCAGCGCCUGCUCGCGAAUGCCGAUGCGACCUACGAAGCAUGCCCUGCAGCUUUGCUUUUGAUGUUGGCGUCCCAAGUGUGUCGAUGGACCGCCCGAAGUGCGGGAACCGACCAGCUUGAGCACACUGGACUAGAUUGGUAUCGUCUCUUCGAGCUGUGGAACUCCUUAGUCUGGAGCGACAAGCUUGCUUGGUCGAACUUGAUGGACCCGCUGAUUCGCACAAUGUUGCAUGCCGCGGCAUCAUAUAUCCAGAUGCUCAAUGUACUCGUGCUCAAGCCUGCGAGAACUUGCGAGAACUUUCAGAACAACAUGGCUGAAUUGAUUAUUGAUGCAGACGGCUUGUCGCUGACGACGUCUGCGUCCACCGGCAGCAACAUCAAUACAUAUCCGGACUUGUCUCGCUUUGCCUUGCUUCUUGCAAGCCACGGCCACCUCGUCACAGCGGAGCAUGGUUGCGACACAGCUCGUGUGAUGGCCUACGUGUUCAAUGCCCGGCGCUUCUUGGAUAUACGUGCAGAUCUUGCGCACAUGCACAUUGCGCAGGCCACCCUUGCGGAGACGGAAGCUGCGGGACAUUUUCCAAGAUCAGUGGAGGGCGGUGUGAUUUAUCCGGGGGCCUGGAGAGCUUUAAUGGCCCUUCAGCAAGGUCUACAGCAACAACUCCAGUGGCAAGACGCGAAGCAUGAAACUGACAUAAGCUUGCCUAUGUGGGCUGCGAGCACUCCAAAAGAGCUGGGACCCCUCUCCUUGUGGGAGCCUUCUUUGACGUCCGUGUUUUCAGCCGCCUUGAAUGAUGGUGUGUUGGAGCGCCUGUUGGCGUUGCUUGGGCCGGGACACCGGCAGUUUGUGGAAAUCGGCACCCAGCUCGGGGACCAGUGCAACACCCGCUACCUCAGGGCCCGUCACGGCUUCCAUGGGUUAAUGAUCGACGACAACUUCGGCAAUGCAGAAAUCAACUUGACGACCCAGCGCGUCACACCUGAGAACGUUGUCAGUCUGUUUCAGGAGUUCAUGGUGCCAUCCACCUUUGAUGUUCUGUCGUUGGACACAGAUGGAAACCAGUGGCUCCUCUGGCUAAACUUAUGCCGCGUGGGACAGUAUCGGCCUCGAAUCGUGAUGAUUGAGUUCGGCUCUCAUCUGCCUUACGAUGAGGAGUUGACUUGA